GAUGUGUUACGUUCUAAUUUCCAUAUCCCCGCCAUUGUUUUCUUAUCUUUGCAAAAGUAGCCUGUCUGUGUGCAUUGAAUUGUUUGUAACUGUCCUAAAAUUCUGAUCCACACAUGAAUCAAAUGAAGGAGAUCUUUUUGCUUAUUGGCACAUUGAGCACAGCUUUAUGCGUUAAACAGCGCUUCAUCGUUGAUUCCGUGCCGGGUGGCAGUCCAUUCCAGAUUUCCGGAAAUGGUGGCUCCUCCAGCAGCUAUACGGCGUGCAGUCCACAGCAGCUCACUUGCUCGCUCAAUUGCCCUUCCGGUUACGUAAAGGGUGUGACCGGAUGUGAUUACUGCCAGUGCUCGGGUACCACUCACCCACCGACAACGACUGCCUCACACGCAAUAGACUGUCUGGCGUCAAAGCUACAGUGCGCCCGUCACUGCGGGGAAGCUGGCUACGAAGCGGACCCGCAUGACUGCACGUUCUGUGUUUGCAAAACAUUGCCAUCCGUUGCGACAUUGGCUGCGCUGACCUCAACGGUGGAUCAGUGCUUCGUCGCCAAGAUUCAAUGCCACCAACGGUGUAGUAGCCUCGGAUACACCAGUAAGAUGUUUGACUGCACGGGAUGCCUAUGCACACCCCCAGAAACGACGCAACCCACCACCACAACGACCACAACCACCACAACCACCACAACCACUACACCCGUACCAACCACUAUAAACGCAUGUGAGCAGAAUCAGUUACGCUGUAGCACCCGAUGCUCCACAAUAGGGGGAUAUUUUGGGCAAACAUUCGACUGUACCGGAUGUGUGUGUCUGCCGGUAACCUCCACUACACAACCGGCCACCACCACGCACAAAGAAGUGACGUCACAGUCUCACACGACGGUGAGCCCGCAGCGAUGCCUGGCUGCCCGGAUGCAGUGCGCCACCCAGUGCGGCCUGGCGGGAUACAUGGUAGAUCCGGCGGACUGCAUGUUCUGCGCGUGUAAGCACUAAAGGACACUGUAUAUUCAUGCCAGACUGUUGGUUGUAUAUGAAUGUGAAACAUUAUUACCUAUAUAAACGUUAAAAACGCA